AGCCGCGAACGACGGCACACAGCAGAGGCUUGUUCCCGAAAGACACCUCAGGAUCCGAAGCGAGAAUGCAAACAUUCGUGGUGCUACUGUCCGCUUCUGUUUCUGUACUGGUCGUCAUGAUGACCGUCACAGCCAGGCCAUUCGGUGCCCCUAGAUUUGCCUGCGGCACCAUGGUUCCGAGACAUGGCGCCGAGCACCAUUCUGGGAGCAGCUGGUACCGACUGACUCAGAGCUGUCUGGACUUCAAGGAGGAUAGCCUCAUUGAAGUGAACCUAACAGCGAUGGGUAAGGCGACGUUCAAAGGUUUCCUGGUCAAAGCCAUCGUUGAAGGGGAAGAAGCGGGUGACUUCUUGUCAGGUGAAGACAGCCAACCCGUGCAUGGUUGCCCAGGAUUCGCAACACACGUGGACCCUCACCACAAGACGCACGUAGCUCUGCUAUGGAAUCCGCCAACAAGCCAGGGCACCGUCACAUUCAUAGCUACCAUUGUGAAGGACUACACGACCUUUUACAAGAACAUCGGCAACCCCGUGGAUUGACAAGGCAAUUUGUGGAAAAAACGCCUUUCGAAGAAAAUAGACCAUCAUCAUCUAGACUGUCGCAAGAAAGCACACUGCAUAAAGAGUGAAUUGCUUAUCUAUAAGAAAUACUUUGUCCUGCAAAGUUGUUUUAGGUGUUUUCGAAGAACUAACCAUGUCAUUGUAAAAUAAAAUAAAAUAUCUUAAUAAAUUGAUGCAUUUCAAGUGCCACAACCAAAA